CGCCCCACAGUUCUGGCCACCAUCCCGGUGCGCACGGACGUGGCUCGAGUUUCCUCAGUGCUCUCUCUCGCUCUUCCUCUUCUCCGGGUCUCCCGCUCCCGCUUCAGCUCCAUCCGGCCGGCCCCGCACGGCUCCGGGCAGCCAUGGAGGACACCCAGCUCCACAUCAUCGAGCAGCCGCUUUCCGGGUACCCCGACGCCGGGGACCAGGGGUCCUCCACCAUGGGGGCUCCGGCGGCCGAGGAGCCGUCGGGGGCCGGUUCUGAGGAGCUGAUCAAAUCAGACCAGGUGAACGGCGUGCUGGUACUGAGCCUUCUGGACAAAAUCAUCGGCGCCGUCGACCAGAUCCAACUGACCCAAGCUCAGCUGGAGGAGCGGCAGGCGGAGAUGGAGGGCGCCGUGCAGAGCAUCCAAGGCGAGCUGAGCAAGCUGGGCAAGGCGCACGCCACCACGAGCAACACCGUGAGCAAGUUGCUGGAGAAGGUGCGCAAGGUCAGCGUCAACGUGAAGACCGUGCGCGGCAGCCUGGAGCGCCAGGCCGGCCAGAUCAAGAAGCUGGAGGUCAACGAGGCCGAGCUGCUGAGGCGCCGCAACUUUAAAGUCAUGAUCUACCAGGAUGAAGUGAAACUGCCGGCCAAAGUGAGCAUAGGGAAGUCGCUGAAAGAGUCGGAGACGCUGCCCGAGAAGGAGGGCGACGAGCUGGCCGAGGGCGAGCGGCCAGAGGAGGACGCGGCGGCGCUCGAGCUGUCGUCGGACGAGGCGGUGGAGGUGGAGGAAGUCAUCGAGGAGUCGCGCGCAGAGCGCAUCAAGCGCAGCGGCCUGCGGCGCGUGGACGACUUCAAGAAGGCCUUCUCCAAGGAGAAGAUGGAGAAGACCAAAGUGCGCACGCGCGAAAACCUGGAGAGGACCCGCCUCAAGACAAAGGAGAACCUGGAGAAGACGAGGCACACCCUGGAGAAGCGCAUGAACAAGUUGGGCACGCGCCUGGUCCCCGCCGAGCGCCGCGAGAAGCUCAAGACCUCGCGAGACAAGCUGCGUAAGUCCUUCACGCCCGACCACGUGGUCUACGCGCGCUCCAAGACCGCGGUCUACAAGGUGCCGCCCUUCACGUUCCACGUCAAGAAGAUCCGCGAGGGCCAGGUGGAGGUGCUGAAGGCCACGGAGAUGGUGGAGGUGGGCGCCGAGGAGGAGGAGGGCGGCGCGGAGCGCGGCGAGGCAGCAGACCUGCUGCGCGGGAGCAGCCCCGACGUGCACACGCUGCUGGAGAUCACGGAGGAGUCGGACGCCGUGCUGGUGGACAAGAGCGACAGCGACUGAGCCGGGCGCGGGGAUGUGCCCGGAAGGCCGCGCCGCCCCGCCUCUCCCCGCCCCCGCUCCGAUUCCUUUCCCUCUACGAACUUUCUCUUUCGCAUUCUCUCUUUCUCGCUGCCCCAAAUGGGCUGAGAUGUUUCUAAAUCGAGAACACCUCCCCACAACGAGCACCCCCUCCAAGUCUUACAGCUAUUAAGACGAGGGGGGGGCAGCCUGCACCAUGGACAUCCCCAGUGUAGGCGUAGGCUGGGUGGAAAUGCAGAGGGCGGUGAUUCGUGUCCUGGGGAUCCAAGUCGGGAAUCCUAGAGGAAAUUGCUGUCGUUUCCGUGAUUAGGCUCAGACCUGGGGCAGGCUGCCUUCUCCCCGCCCCCCACCCCCACACACACACACACACACACACACACACACACACACACACACGCUUACCCGGCUGCUGUCACACACACACACACACACACACACACACACACACACACGCUUACCCGGCUGCUGUCAUUCCUGUUCACUGAGCUCUUCUUUCUCAUUCUGAUCUCUGGCGGCUUCAAAGCCAAAAUUACCAUGAAAGGGAAGAGUGUAUCCUGAAGAGGCCCCUUGCCCACACGGGAGACCCCAUACUGGAAGGAUUUGAAAGCAGCUUUUGGGAGUAUCUAGCUGCCGUUUCUGGGGUCGCACAGUCGGACACGACUGAAGCGACUUAGCAGCAGCAGCAGCAGGGCAGUGUCAGAGAGAGAGCAGAGUAAGCCAUGACCCUACAUGAGGGUCUAGCACAGGCUGUAUUGACGAAAGGUCCCAGUAAGGAAGGCUGGAUCCAGGCAGAGCCCUGGGGGAGGGAGGGAGGGCACUUCAUGUUUAUGCAUCUUCACAAAGGUGCACAUGGCUAUGGCUCUGAAGGAAAACAGAAAAUAGUAGAAGGUGGAAAUGGGCAAAAAGAGAAUGCUCAUUAGUAGCAGGAGAAACACAGGACAAGGAUCCCAUCUUAUUGGGGUUCUCAGAGGACAGCAGGACAAUUUUUCAAGACUAGUAGGUAGGGCAGUGUGAGAAACCCAUCGUCCAAGAAGAGAGAGGUAAGCCUUACCCCUUCCCUCUACUGGUUAUGGUGCCCCCAGGGGCAGCCCGUUUCUCAUAGCCCAGAAAAUUAGGGUCCCAGAAGAGGGCAGCACCAGGGUCCAGAAAGCUGGUAUUAUAGUUAGGAGGGAGGCUGAUGGGAAAGAGACCAGAUGCCAAAGGCCAGGUCACCAAGUUGAGAGCAGGAGGAGGGGAGAGGAGAGUAAGGAAUUCCUGUGUGUAGGGCAGCCCGGCCUUGGCUCACUCCUGGCAGUUUCUUUUCAAGAUCCUUCCCUAGAGCUAGUAUCAUAAAGCUGUAGAACAUGCCAAGACCUCUGUAGCCUUGUGGGUUCCUCUCCUGAAUCUUUGGGGUGAGAGGGGUGCUGCUUCCAAUUCAAAGGCCUGACUUCUGAUCAGGUUCUCCUCAGGACACUUCAGUCUCCCUGUUCUUCCCCCAUAAAGGGGACUUGUCAGGAGCAAGGACACCCCCCUCACCCCCAAGUCACAGCCCAAAGAAGAGAGCUGAAGCUCCCUCCUUCUCCCCUCACCCCUUCUGCCUUAUCUUUCCUGCUCUGCAUUUUAGAAAAUUGCAGCUAAUUGUUUUAAGGGCUGGAGGGAGGGAGUCCGGGGACACACCUUUUAUACAACACAAAGCUUUGCUCCCCCCUCCCCCUGACCCUUGGUUCCUUUCUCUCUUCCAAAUGGUUGGAGACACAUCAGCUGAGGGAGGAUGGGGAUUGUGGGACGAGGUUCCUUGGUGCUAAAGGGGCCUGAGUUGAGGGCAGAUACAGUUUCCUGUGGGCUCUGGGGAGCCUCUCGUGUUGCUGUGUCCUGGUGAGCAGCCCGACCAAUAAACCUGCUUUUCUAAAAGGA